CCGCUUCCGGGUCCCGGAGCUGCAGCUGCAUCGCAGUAAAGGCGGGAGCGCAGCUUCAGUCCCCCCAGAUGGACGGCAGCGAAGGGGCAGCGGGGCCCUCCGGCCCGGGGGAGCGAUCCCACCGCAGCAGCGUCUCCUCCGUGGGAGCCCGAGCGGCGGACGUGCUGGUGUACCUGGUGGACGACACGGUGGUGCCCCUGUCGGUGGAGAACCUGCCCUCGGUGACAGCUCACGACCUGCACCGGGUCAUCCGAGACACCCUGCAGCUCCCUGACAUCGCCCUGGAGGCUUUCUCCCUCUGGCUCAUUUCCCCCUUGCUUGAAGUUCAACUGAAGCCCAAACACCAGCCCUACAAAGUAUGCCGUCAGUGGCAGGACCUCCUCUUCCGAUUCACCGAUGCCCCAGAAGAUGACAUUGCUGUUGAUGAGCCGUCCCUGCAGUUCAGGAGAAAUGUCUUUUUCCCCAAGAGGCGGGAACUCCAGGUCAACCACGAGGAUCUCUUGAGGCUGUUGUUUGAAGAGGCCAAGUUCAACGUGCUGGAGGGGCGGUACCCAUGCGACGCGGAGGACUGCGAGAAGCUGGGCGGCCUGGUCUGCCGGGUGAAGCUGGGCCCCUACCGUCCCGGCCAGCAGACUGCCGGCGCCCUCAAAGAGAAGCUGGACUCCUUCCUGCCUGCUCACCUGUGCAAAAAGGGUCACGGCCUCUUCACAGCCUGGCGGGGCCGGGGGACCAAAGCGGCCCCGGGUGAGCAGGGCUUGCUGAGCGCCUACCAGGAGGUGAAGGAGGAGGCGGCGGCGGAGGGCGAGGAGGCGGAGACCCUGGCCCGCCAUUACCGGGCCUACCUGCACAAGUGUCACGAGCUGCCGUACUAUGGCUGCGCCUUCUUCUACGGCGAGAUCGAUAAGCCGGCCCAGGGCUUCUUCCUCCACCGGGUGGGGCGCAAGCCAGUGACCGUGGCCAUCAAUCUGGACGGCGUCCACGUCAUCGACAGCAAAGAGAAGCACGUCCUGUUGGGCCUGCGCUUCGAGGAGCUGUCGUGGGACCACACGUAUCCCGACGAGGAGGACCACAUCCUCUGGCUGGAGUUCGACGGGGAGAGCGAGGGCACCCCGGUCAAUAAGCUGCUCAAGAUCUACUCCAAGCAGGCUGAGCUGAUGAGCGGCCUGAUCGAGUACUGCAUUGAGUUGAACGUGACCACUGAGCCUGCUCCGCCCCUGGAGAACGCAGUGGAGCCCGCCGGGGUCACCAACCCCCAGCCUCCCAGCACUGUUCCCCAACGCCACAAGCUGAGGCGACAGGGCAGCGUCAUCUGUAGCCGAAUCCAGCACCUCUCCACCAUAGACUAUGUGGAUGACGGCAAAGAGAUUAAGCGAGUGAAACCAAAGCGCACGACUUCCUUCUUCAGCCGCCAGCUGUCCCUGGGCACUACAAGCUACACAGUGGUCCAGCCCACAGACGGCUUGGAGCAAGGCUGACCUCCCCUAACCCCCCCCCGCCCCUGUUUCCACUUCGAUCCCAGGAAGGGGGCCUGGCGAAGAACCAAAGUAAACACUGGUCCCCAGGGCACAAAGUCUCUCCUCCCAAGGGACUUGGACGACCACCCCCGCCAACAGACCCCUUCUAUCUGCACACCAGGCUAAAUUAUUCUCCUAAUUUAUAUAUAGGCUUCCGCCUCUCGUGUGUCUGUAGUUUGAUCUACUCUGCCCCCCCCCCCCCCCGGUUUGGGUUUCGGAUCCAACCCCAGAGGUUCUGGCUGACUGUUCUUGGUGACCCCUGACCUGACCCACCUGGCGGGUCAAUAGUGCAGAUGGCUUUUUCCUUUCUCUUGCAGUUCCUUGCUGCCGGGGAAGGUCUGUUUUGGGCAGCCUGGGCUUCUGCAUCUGGGCACUGGCCCCGAGAGGACUUUCUCUGGAUCCUGGGGAUGUUUUGGGGCUAGGGUCCAUUUUGAUUCCAUCCAUGUCCUGGCACCCCUAAGUUCCGGCAGGGAGCCACUUGCUAAGCUGCACCAGUGCGCUUGGCAAGGCCUUAGCCAAACAAUGCCUAUCUGCCCUCCCUUUUUCUCUCUUUCUCACAAGUGCCUCUCGCCAUGUAGAUACACCGCAGCCGUGAACACCUCCAGCUCGGGAGUCACAAGGAAUGCCGAGGCGGUAUUCAUUCAACCAUCCUUGGAAGUUAGGAUUGAGUUUGAGGUUUUAUGACCGCCUUUCCCCAGUCCCUUGGAAGAGCUUGUUCUUCCUCUGAGGUUUAUUUCCUGGAGGCUUGAGUGUGUGUGUGUGUUUGUGGGGGCUGGGGGGAGGAGUGGUGUGUGUGUAAAUUAUCACAGUUUCCUAAAAGCCUGGUAGCUCCCAUCACAUUGGAGUCCAGGGGCAGGCAGGGCUCUGAGGGUCUCCUUUGUCCUGAACCCAGGAAGUAAAUUCCUAAGCAGUCUGUGGGCCUCUUUCCAACCCUCUGCCACCUCGUUCUUCCCCACCAGCCGGUUGGAUGGGAAGGGUGUGUCACUUUUAGUUGGGCGAAGGCCAAAAAGGGAAGAAGGAAUGCAAUGAGUUAAUUUCAAAACAGUUUCCCCCCUGCCCACCAUCCCUGGGGCCCUGAAACCAGGAGGAUGGGGGAAGGGGUAGAAGAGAAGGGAAGUUUCUUUUUCCCCUUUUAGUCAAUAGGGAAAUGGCUCAGUCCCCUCAGUACAUUAACCCUGUUUGGGAAAACCUCAGGGCCUUAAUUAAGCAUUUCCCAGGAGGACCUUGGGCCUCGGGGUCCUCAUUGCUGGUUGGAAAUGGGUGGGUCGAGCUUGAACCUUGAUGCACUCUCGAGAUUUCAGUCUCCAGGAUUGCACUCGUGCGCCUUUGGAGAAAACACUAAACAAAAAGAGGCUGUUUUAACCGUGGGGAAAUUCAACAAAGAGGAGGUGGGUGGCGGUUUCGGCUGGGCUUGGGAGGGCGGUGUAACGUGUUGGAUCGGCCUCUGAGUGUCCGUUUUGUUGUCCUUUAAUGGCACUACCACAAUCAAUCUUUUUUUGCAGCCUGCUUGUAGGACAAAUUCCAUCUUGACAUGAGAAUAAUCUCCUAAGCCAAGCAGAAGUCCUAGAGUUAUUUUCAAAGGAUGAUGGAUUUGAUCCGAUGAGAUAAUUGGUUUUCUUGGUGGGGGGUCAGCAGUCUAUCUCUUGCUGGUAACGAUUUUUGAACCACAAAAGAAGUAGGACUGCGGUUGUGGGUGUGGGUUUGGUUUUGUAGCGCCUCUGUGGAUUUAAAAAACGUGGGUCUCUCCUUGCCCACACCCCCCACUGAAGUGACACAGAAAAAUGACCUAAAAAUCAGCUCCAUUCACUCGAUUUGCUUUUGAAAAAAGUCCUGUUGCUUGGAAUUCUCAAGACUUUCUCUCUCCGAGGUCUUUCGUUUUAAGGAAUCUUUGGAGGUGGGGGUGUUCGGACUUCACAGAACAUUUCUGGGAAGAGGUCAGUCCCCUUAAAUGUCAGCGUGCGGAAUUCCACCAACUUCACCGGCUUUGUUAAUAGUUACAAACUAUUAGCUGGCUUUGCUAAUAGUUACAAACUCAUAAACUGCCCAGUUUAGAAAUCUAGAACAAUUUUCCAGUUCUUCAUCAAGGGGUUUUGAACUCAACCUGCCCAAAGGUGCUUUGUGGUUCUUCAUCUUGGUUUCUCCCGAGUGUUCAGAUUCUCUCUUCACACACCUGAUCCGAAGAGGUGGAUCAGCCUGUCCUUGUGAGGCGUUGUACAUUGUUUAAAGCAUUAGUUUUUCCUGUAUGCAAGACUUAGCUGUUUUUCCAGACCUGGGCAACAAAAUGGUGUCUUUUUUUUUUUUUUUUUAACUAACGGCUGUGGGCUGCUUUUAAAAAGUGUAUAUACUAAUUCUUUUGUAUGAUAGAGAAAGAAUUAAUAAUAAACACUGUUUUCGGAAAA